GAACGCAGGAGUGCUCAUUGUACACCGACUUCCCACUUGCGAGGUAGGUAGCCUAUUUGCUACUGCCGACAACUAGACGUGAGCACGAUUGCAUGUGAACCAUCAAGAACGAAGAGAACCAGCGCGAGGAGAGAGCCAAGCGCAAGAGGUUGCACGUAAGAGCGAGAGAGAGCGUACGGAAAGAAAAAAACUUUAGUAACUAUGGCAGUGUCAGCAACUCCCCCGGUGCUUUCGCCGACCUCCACUCCGGGGUCCGGCAGUCUAUUCCGCCCAGAUCCCCUGUACUCAAGUCCCGACGAGUCCCCCAGACUGACAAGCAGCAUGAUCAACUCUUUCAUCAGCAGCGGAGGCGGCGGCGGUGGAAAUGGAAACAGCACCAGCGGCAAUAACGAGUGCAAAAUGGUGGAGGUCCAUGGGGUCAAGGUAGCCUCUUUCACCGUGGACGGCCAGGAGCUAAUAUGCCUGCCGCAGGUUUUCGACCUCUUCUUGAAACAUCUGGUCGGAGGGUUGCACACCGUGUACACUAAGCUGAAGCGCCUGGAUAUAUGUCCCGUCGUCUGCACCGUGGAACAGGUCCGUAUCCUUCGCGGUCUCGGGGCUAUUCAGCCUGGGGUGAAUCGUUGCAAACUCAUCUCCCGCAAAGACUUCGAGGCUUUGUACAACGACUGCACAAAUGCCAGCUCCAGGCCCGGUCGCCCUCCCAAGCGCUCUCUGGGGGUGACGAUGCAGGACACAUCCAGGCUGCUGCCCCAUGGUGUCCACGGCCUGCUCUCCCCCGGCCUGCUCUCCCACACAGGUCUGACUGCAGCGGCGAUGGCUGAGGCCAUGAAACUCCAGAAGAUGAAACUGAUGGCCAUGAACAGCAUCCAUGGAGCGAGCAGCCAAAACGGCACUGAGUCUGAGAACGAUGAGCUCAACUCCAAUGCAGGCGGCAGCGAGUCCUCCUGGGACAAGGAGAAGCUGCAGUCCCCCCCCUCCUCAGGCAUCGGGCACCUCGGCCUGGGUCCCGCCAGCCUGGCCGCCCACCACGGCCUCUCCAGCGCCCACCUUAGCUCCCUGCAGCAGAACCACCUGCUGGCCAACCGUCUGGAUCUGCCCUUCAUGAUGAUGCCCCACCCCCUGCUGCCCGUCAGUCUGCCACCAGCCUCCGUUGCCAUGGCGAUGAACCAAAUGAACCACCUGAACACCAUUGCCAACAUGGCGGCUGCCGCUCAGAUGCACAGUCCACUGUCCCGAGCCGGAGCGUCUGUCAUCAAGGUGUUUCAGGAAUGUGUGCAGGACAGUCUUUCUCCAGCUCCAUCCCUUGAGGAAGCUCCUCGCCCUGCCUCCCAGCCCUCCUCACACUCCCACCCCAGCAGCUCUGCCUCCAGCUCCCCCAACCCACACACACACAGCCCCCAGCGCCUGGUGCUGAAUGCUACUGAUGGAGACAUUGACGACAGUGGCAUUAGGAUGAAGAAGAUUUUCAAAGACAAAGAAGAUGCCCAUCUGGCUGUACCCAUGAUGAAGUCAGGCUUUGAGAAGAUGCCCCAGACCCUUCCUCCAGGCUUCCCCGCCCCCUUCCUCUUUGCUGACGGCCUCUCUUCUGUGGAGACUCUGCUCACCAACAUCCAGGGCCUGCUUAAGGUGGCCGUGGAUAAUGCCCGUGUGCAGGAGAAACAGGUGCAGAAUGAGCGCAAGGAGUUGAAGAUGGAGCUCUACAGAGAGAGGGAGAUGAGAGAGAGCCUGGAGAGGCAACUCACUUCUGAACUGCACAGCCGAGCCACCAUCCAGAAGCGUCUGAAGAAGGAGAAGAAGGCUAAGAGGAAACUGCAGGAAGCGCUGGAGUUCGAGUCCAAGCGCCGGGAGCAGGUGGAGCAGGCACUCAAGCAGGCCACCACCUCAGACAACCUGCGGAUGAGCCUCAACGAGGCUGUGAUACCAGACGUGGAGCCAGAACAUAACGGCAAUCAGCAGGAAAACUCCAUUGUACAAGAGAACAGACCUCCCUUCUCCAAGCCUCCCAUCAUGUACUGAGAAGGUGCUCAGCACUGCCAGAGUGUCCGACUGAGGCUGGGCAGAGCGAGGGUUUGCCCCACGGAAGCACUCCUUGGCUGGGACACGUGACUGUGGUGAAGAGGGGAACAGCAGGAGCUUCUCAAAGGGGGGCAUCCGACCACCCUCACGCUGAAAAACAAAAUGGUGUACAGGACUGAAGAGAGAAAAAAUUAAGAGUUUGAGUGAGUGAAGGAAUGAAAGAGUGAGCGUGUGCUUGUGCAUAUAUGUAUAAGGUUGUGUGUGCGAGUGAGUUUGUGUGUGUGUGUGUGUGUGUUCGUGCGUGAGUGUGGGGAGGUGCAUCGAUGCACAGUGAAGGGUGUGUAUCAGGAGACCCUCUCUCGCAUCCUUUCUCCGUGAUCUUGUACAAAAAGGAAAUAGAAACCUCCCUUGAAUCUCCUUGUUUGACUACUUCUACGUUCCUAUCUUUUUUGAUUGUUUUUCCAGGCUAAAAAUAGAAGGACCUUUUUUCUCGAAAUUAAAAGAACAUUCCCAAAUUGUUCUUGACUCUCUGUGAAGCACAUAAAACAGCCUCUCUUUCCAUCUGUGCUACAUGUUCACUCUUUCUCCUUACAUCAUUAUUAUUAUUGUUGUUGUUAUUGUUGUU